AUGGGUGCGCAGCAGUCCGCGCAUCAUGGCCGCGGAGGCGUCAAGCUCCGCCGCCGCUCGAGCGGAAUGGGCGGAAUGACUCCGCACGAGCUGCAGUCGGCGGGAACCGACAUUUCGCACGCCGUCGCGCAAAACCAGGUUCUGCAGCAGCAGCGCGCGGAGCACCACCAGCGCCUCGCGCAAUCGCCGCAGGUGAAAGCGCACGCGCAGGCGCAGGGGCAAGCGCAAGCGCAAUCUCCGCGCGCGCAGCAAUCACCAGGCGGAAGCCCUUUCGGAGGGACUGGCGCGGGUAGCGGCGGAGGGGGAAGCGCCGGAGGUGCGCCGAGUGUACCUCCGCGCGACUUCUCUGGAGGUUCGGAGUCGCGGCGCCGAACCAAGGUGUCAGCUUUGGAAGUUCCGCCAUGGGAGAUCGUGGCGCAUUUGACGGAAAGCGAUUGGAUCGCGCUGAAGGCGUGGAUCGAAGCCGGAUGGAGGUGCCGCAAGUGCGGGCACCUGCGCGACGACGGCGCGGACCACCCCAAGACGCUCGCGCUGCUGCACCGCUGCGGAAUCGUCCCCCCGCACCACGCGCACCAGCCGCACCUCCCCGCGCACACCCUCUCCCACACCUCCUCCGCGCCCGGCUCCCCCAGUUCCACCCAAUCCGGAGCUGCCAGGUGGCAGCAGCAGCAGCAGCAGGGUGGGGGUCAGGGGGCGGGGCAUCCCCCUUAUGGCGUUGUGGAGUAUUCUAAACCGUCUCCUGACGGGCAGAUGGAAUUUUUAUCUGACCAUUCCGGGGGACGGAGUUCCCGAGGCGGGUCGCCCAGCCACCCGAUGCUCCGCACCGGAACGGGCGGCAGAUCGUUGUCUUAUAUGGGCUCACCUGGGCGGCAGCACGGGGCGAUGAGCGGGGGAAUGGGCGGGGGAAUGGGAGGGGGAAUGGGAGGGGGGGAAGGAGCGGGCAUGGGGAGAAUGAGCCAGUCAACGCAUUAUGGGUCGGAAUACAGUGUAAGGGGGAUGGGGAGGGACGGUAUGGGCGGGGGAGGCGGGGGAAUGGGCGGAGGAAUGGGCGGAGCAGGGGGUAUGGGCGGAGCAGGGGGAAUGGGUGCUCCGGAUGCUUGCCCCAGACACCUCGCCCAACCCCACCACCUCAUGAGCGGGGAGGGGCCUGCCAGCAGAAGCUUCCACGAGAGUUCCUCUUGGGAAAUGCGGAGAGGAGGGGGAGGGGGGAUGGGCGCGGAUGGGGGAGGCGUGGGGGGAGUGGGGGGGGGGGAUGGGCGGAGCGGCAGGGAUGGGCGGAGGGGCGGGGGGGAUGGUGGGGGGACCGCAGCGGCCGAGCCCAACGGCAGUCUGUUGUUUGACCGAGUCCAGCUUCGUGACUCAUCCCCCUUUCCCCUCAUACCCUCCCCUCGAUUCCUCUGGCCUUCCCCCUUCUCCCUUCGCCCUCUCCCUCCCCCCCUCUACCCAACCCACUCCUCCCCUCCCCACUACUCUCCCUCACAGGAGCCAAACGGCAGUCUCGUGUUUGAUUAUCUGCUGUCAGCGCUGCUGGAGGUGACUUUUGAGUCGACUCAAAAGUCACAGGAGCCAAACGGCAGUCUCGUGUUUGACUACCUCCUCUCAGCGUUGCUGGAGGUGACCGAGUCCAGCCUUGGGACUCAUCCCCCUCCCGUCCCCUCCCAUUCCCUCUGCUGCCCUCCUGAGCCCAACGGCAGUCUUGUGUUUGACUACCUCCUCUCAGCGCUGCUGGAGGUGACCGAGUCCAGCUUUGGCUUCAUCUCCUCCGCGCUGCUCAAGGCCGACGGCACGCCCUACCUCAAGACCCAUGCAAUGACGAACGUGGCAUGGACCAAGGAGCUGCGGGCAUGGUACGCGGCGAACGCCCACAAGGGGCUCGUGUUCACCAACAUGAACACUCUGCACGGCGCUGUGGUGCUCACGGGCCAGCAAGUCCUCUCUAACGAUGCUCGCAACGAUCCGCGCUCCAGAGGAGUGCCGCCAGGCCAUCCCGUUAUUGAGAAGUUUAUGGGCAUCCCGCUGUAUACUGGCACGGAGCUGAUUGGGAUUUUCGGGGUAGCAAAUCGCCUCCAAGGCUACGACGAGCAGCUUGUGAAGGAGAUUGAACCUCUGACGAUGACGAUUGCUCAGAUGAUUUAUGCUGUGAACGAGAGGAAGAGAAGGAAGGAGGCCGAACUGCACUUGUCCAGCGUCGUGCAGGUAGCAAAGGAGGGAAUCAUGUCGCUCUCUCACAGCGGCCAUGUCACAUCCAUGAACCUCUCGGCACGGCAGAUGUUCGGCUACUCGCCCACCCCUCCCGACACCAACGGCAGCAGCAGCACCAACGGCACUGGUGCUGUGGCGGCUGGGGGGAGUAUUAUUAGCCGUGACAGCAGCAACGUCACGCCGCCCCCCAACCUGCAGUUCCAAGAUCUGAUGGUGGAAAUCAACGGCCAGGGGGACUUCCUGGCACGAGGGCUGGACGCGGCGAGUGGCAAGGUGCACAAGGGCAUCGGCAGGCGCGUGGACGGCAGCACGUUCCCUCUGGAGGUGUCGGUCUCUAAGGGCACGUAUGACACUGUCUUCUAUGUGGCCGUGCUGCGAGAUAUCUCUGAACGACUGGAUGCCGAGAAGAAGCUCAAGGAGAGUGAGGAGCGGUGGCUGUAUGCGCUGUCAGGCAGCGACGAUGGAGUGUGGGACUGGAACGUGCGAGACAACACCAUGUUCUUCAGCGACCGAUGGAAGCAGAUGCUGGGCUACGAGCCUGGCGACAUAGGGUCAACGCUGGACGAGUGGGAUCGGCUGCUGCACCCAGAGGAUAAGGACCGCGCGUAUGCAGACCUUAAGGAGCAUCUGGACGGCGUUACUGCGCAGUUUGUGAACGAGCAACGGCUCAGAUGCAAGGACGGCAGCUACAGUUGGUUUCUGCACCGCGGCAAGGUGCUGAGCAAGACGGAGGACGGGGAGCCGCUGCGGUUUGUGGGCACACACACGGACAUCACAGAGAGGAAGAUGUUCGAGCAGGGCAUGGUGCAGGCUAAGGACGAGGCUGAACGGGCGUCACAGGCCAAAGCAGAUUUCCUGGCCACCAUGAGCCACGAGAUACGCACCCCCAUGAACGGCGUGGUGGGCAUGACGGCACUGCUCCUGGACACGGACUUGACUCCCGAGCAGCGCGACCGAGUAGUCACAAUCCGCGACUCGGGCGACAUGCUGCUGCAGAUCAUCAACGACAUCCUUGACUACUCCAAGAUCGAAUCCGGCAAGCUGGAGAUCGAGCAGACGCUCUUCAAUGCCCUGCAGGCCGUGGAGCGCGUGGCGGAGCUGCUCAUUCACAACGCGGAGAGCAAGGGGCUCGAGGUGGUCAUUGAGAUCGGCCCGGAUACGCCUACCUUCCUCGUUGGAGAUUCCGGGAGAACGCUGCAGGUGCUCAUCAACCUCGUAUCCAACGCCAUCAAGUUCACCGAACGUGGACACGUCAUCUUCCGCCUCUCCUCCCACACCGCCCCCGCCCUCCCCUCCUCCCCGUCUCACCCCGCCCUCCCCGCCUCCUCCUCCUCUUCCACCACCACCACCCUCACCACCACCAAUUCCACCACCACCAACACCUCUGCACCCAACAGCGGCCCAUUGGUACCGCAGCAGUUCUGGGUGUGCCAGGUCAUUGACACUGGCAUCGGCAUUCCCAUGGAGCGGCUCGGCCGGCUCUUUACUAAGUUCUCUCAGGUGGAUGCAUCCACCACACGCAAGUUCGGAGGCACGGGGCUGGGCCUCGCCAUCUCAAAGCAGCUAGUAGAGCUGAUGGGAGGCAGCAUAUCGGUCGAGAGUGAGUUCCACGUGGGCACCACGUUCACCGUGCACCUGCCAAUCAACGCCCACCACCCUGCGUACACGUCAGCACUCUCCCUGUCCACGUCAUCGCUGGCCAACCAGUGCAGCAGCAACAGCCUCGUCGUGUCUGAGUCAGCAAUCCCGCUCUCCCUCCCCACCUCGUCCUCCACUGGGGGGGGAACGGGGGGAGCGGGGGGAGGGGAAGGGGGGAGGGGGGAGGGGAGGAGGGGGCCGCUGUCAGGUGGCAGCAUCCCAUUGGCUAUCGGGUGUGUGGCGGAUGAGUUGCUGAAUCUGAGACUCCUGGUUAUCUCGCCUAUACAGGUCACAGCGUCAGCCCUAUCGAAGCAACUGACAGCCUGGCACGUGCCGCACUCGCUGCUCAUCGCCACGCCCGAGGAGGCCAUUCUGCAGCGCCUGCCAGCUGGCACUCUGCCGCCCGCCCCUGCCGCCCGGUUGGCGCCGCCCGUGCGGUGGAGGGAUGGCAGCGAGAGGGAGGGCGUGGCGGAGGACUAUGAUGCUGUGAUGGUUGACCUCAGUCAACGCCCCACCCUGGCUGAUGCAAACGUGAUUGAGGUGUUGGAGUGUCUGGGCAGGGAUAGGGUGGGCGUGGUGCUGCUGCUGAACCGCACGCAGGUGACAGAGAAGACAGAGGCAGAGCUCAGAGCCGUGAGGCACUGGCACGACCGCUUGCCGCCUCUCCUGCUCAACAAACCCAUGGUCCGCCCCAAGGCUCUAAUGGAGGCGCUAGAAGCAGCGCUGAGGGCAACGCCAGGAGGGGAGAGUCUGCUGCAGUCAGGGGGAGCAGGAGGGGCGGCAAGGGGAGGGCGGGCGAGUGGUGUGGGCACGCGGGCAGGAGGGGGCAAACCCAGCGGACCGAAGCUUAGCGGACGGAUAUUGUUGGCAGAAGACAAUGCGAUCAACCAGAAGGUGGCGAAAUCGAUGCUGGCGAUGCUGGGCGUGAGUGUGGACCUCGCCAACAAUGGGCUCGAGGCAGUUAACCUCUCCGAGAAGAACCACUACAACCUUAUCCUCAUGGACUGCCAGAUGCCGGAGAUGGAUGGGUGGACGGCCAGCAGCAGGAUUGACAUGCCGGAGAUGGACGGGUGGACGGCCAGCAGCAAGAUCCGAGAGCUGGAGGCGGCAAAGAAUCAGCGUCCUCUGUCUGUCCCCCAACCCUUGUUCCCUCGGUUCCCCUACCCCCUACUCCCAUGCCGCCCCCAGAUGCCCGAGAUGGACGGGUGGACGGCCAGCAGCAAGAUCCGAGAGCUGGAGGCGGCGAGGGGGCAACCACCAGUCACAAUUGUGGCCCUU